UCCAGGAACUUCUACAUCUUUACCAGAAAUCCUCCACUAAACCUGAAUCUACUCUCCUUCUACAGGAGCAGUCCUACAGGAUGGAAGGUGAUCCACAAGUGUUGGAGGACGAUCCAGAUCAAAAAGAUCAAAUCAGUCCUGUCCAGACCACCACAACCCAGAACCCCACAGCUCCCAGUGAACUGGUCCAGACCACCACAACCCAGAACCCCACAGCUCCCAGUGAACUGGUCCAGAACACCACAACCCAGAACCCCACAGCUCCCAGUGAACUGGUCCAGAACACCACAACCCAGAACCCCACAGCUCCCAGUGAACUGGUCCAGACCACCACAACCCAGAACCCCACAGCUCCCAGUGAACUGGUCCAGAACACCACAGCUCAGACUGGAGGGAAUGUCAUUGCACCUGUUCUACAUGGAAAUUUUUAUGGCUCAGUUCAUAUUCACACUGGAGCUGAAUCUCAGCAUGAAGGUGGAGCAGGUAGAGGACAGGUAAGGAGUGAGAGUUCAGCAGCCUCUUCUACUACAUUGACUGCAGAUAAAAUCCAAUUAAAACUAAAAGAGGAGUUUAAGAAGAAAUUUGCAAACCUGUAUGAAGGGACGUCACAGGAAGGGGAUUAUGCUCCUCUGAAAGACAUUUUUACUGAACUCUAUGUGGUUAAAGGCUGCACAGGAGGAGUAAACACUCAGCAUGAAGUGAGACAGAUGGAAGGAUUUUAUCCCAAACCAGGAGAAACAUCAGUCAACUUCACUGAAAUUUUUAAAGUGCAGUCUGGAGAAAAUAAGUCUGGUACAAAAGUUCUUACACUGGGAAUUGCUGGCGUAGGUAAAACAGCCUCUGUACACAAGUUUAUUCUGGACUGGGCUGAGGAAAGGCACAACCAGGAUUUAGAUUUCAUUCUGUUUCUUCCCUUUCGGGAGCUGAAUUUGAUUAAAGAGAAUUCCCUCACGGUUUCAGAUCUUUUACACUAUUUUCACCCUGAACUCUACAUAGAAGAUGUAAUGGAGAUUUUAAACGGUAAGUACACUGUAGCUUUGAUUCUAGAUGGACUGGAUGAAAGCAAGAUUCCUCUAAACUUCAAUCAAGAGAAAGUAUUAAAUGCACAAGCGAAUAUCUCUCUGAAUAAACUGCUAACAGGCAUCAUUAAAGGAGAGCUGCUUCCCACUGCUGUUAUUUGGAUAACUUCUCGACCUGCAGCAGCCAAUCAGAUCCCACGAAAAUACUUCCUGAUCAUUACAGAAAUCCGUGGAUUCAAUGACUCACAGAAGGAGGAGUACUUCAGAAAGAGAAUCCAAAACCAGGAUGAAGCCAGCAGAAUCAUUUCACAUAUCAAAGCCGCAAGAAGUCUUCAUAUCUUGUGUCACAUUCCAGUCUUCUGCCGGAUCUCAGUCUCUGUUCUUCAGGAAAUGAUUAAGAAAGACAAAGAGAUGGAAAAUGCUCCCACAACUCUUACAGAAAUGUACAUUCGUUUCCUGAUCUUUCACACAAGACAGAAGAGUGAGAAAUACAACCCAGAACAGAACGUGGAUGGUGCAGUUCCAUCAUCUAAGAGAGAAAAAAUGGAAGCAGAGAGUGUACUGAAACUGGCAAAAUUAGCCUUUCUUCAGCUACAAAAAGAACAGCUCAUAUUCUAUGAGGAAGAUCUGAAAGAGUGUGAUAUUGAGGUAGAAGAAGCCGUAGUGCACUCUGGAGUCUGUACCCAGAUCUUUAAAAAGGAAGAGAAGAUCUACAGCUUUGUACAUUUGAGUUUCCAGGAGUUCCUCGCUGCUGUGUUUGUUUUCAUCACAUCCAGUGAUGAAAGUAAUCCACUCUUCCAGACCUGGUGGGAGAAAAUAAAAUGGAGGUACAAACACACACUGGAUAAUCUUCUGAAGACAGCUGUGGAGAAAGCCAUGAAGAGUAAAAAUGGACACCUGGAUCUUUACCUCCGCUUCCUCUUUGGCCUCACUCUGGAGUCCAAUCAGAGGCUCCUCAAGAGUCUACAGCCAGAAAUAGAGAUAAACAAAGAGGAUCUGAAGGGGACUAUAGGCUACAUUAAGAGAAAACUCAAAAAGAAGAAAUCUUCUGAAAAGACCAUCAAUCUCUUCCACUGUCUAAGUGAAAUGAAAGACACCUCACUCACAGGAGAAAUCCAGAACUUCCUGAACUCAGGAACACUCUCAACACAGGAACUCUCAUCCACACAGUGGUCAGCUCUGGUAUUUGUGCUGAUGAUGUCAGAGGAAACUCAGGAGAAGUUUGAACUGAAAAAAUACAGAGCAUCAGAAGAAGGACUGAGGAGAUUACUGCCUGUGGUGAAAAACACACGGCGAGCUCUGUUGGAUCACUGCAGUCUCAGUACAAACGCCUGUGAAACACUGGCAUCAGUACUCAUCUCGGAUUCAGCACUGAUAGAGCUUGACCUCAGUAACAAUGACCUGCAGGAUUCAGGAGUGGAGCUGCUCUCUGCUGGACUGAAGAGUUCACACUGUAAACUACAGAUUCUCAGAUUAUCUGGGUGUAUGAUCACAGAAAAAGGCUGUUCUUCUCUGGCUUCAGCUCUUAAUUCAAACCCCUCCCACCUGAAAGAGCUGGAUCUGACCUACAACCACCCAGGAGAGUCAGGAGAGAAGCUGCUUUCUGCCAGACUGGAGGAUCCACACUACUCACUGGAGACGCUCAGAAUGGAACAUGGAGGCAAAAUAAGAAUCAAACCUGGAUUAAAGAAAUACGGCUGUGAUUUCACACUGGAUCUAAACACAGUAAACCCUGAUCUCUCUCUGAGUGAGGAGAACAGGAGGGUGGAGUGGAGGAGAGAGGAGCUGCAGUCGUAUCCUGAUCAUCCAGAGAGAUUUGAUUAUUAUCAGCAGGUUCUGAGUAGAGAGAGAGUAACUGGUGAUACUGGUGUAACUGGUGAUACUGGUGUAACUGGUGUAACUGGUGAUACUGGUGAUACUGGUGAUACUGGUGUAACUGGUGAUACUGGUGAUACUGGUGAUACUGGUGAUACUGGUGUUACUGGUGUAACUGGACGCUGUUACUGGGAGGCUGAGUGGAGAGGAGGAGAUGGAGGAGGGAUACUUGGAGGAGGAGGAGUUGUUGUAGCUCUGAGUUAUAAAACCAUCAGCAGGAAAGGAGGAGGAUCAGACUGUAUGUUUGGAGAGAAUAUAAACUCCUGGAGUCUGUUCUGCACUGAUGACGAUUACUCUGUUGAACACAAUAAUAACAGCACUGAUCUCUCCACUCCUCCCUCCGGCUGUAGGAGAGUAGGAGUGUAUGUGGACUGUCCCUCCGGCACUCUGUCCUUCUACAGAGUCUCCUCUGAUACACACUCACACACUCUCACACACUUACACACAUUCUACACCACCUUUACUCAGCCCCUCUAUGCAGGGAUUGGGGUUUAUUAUGGCUCCUCAGUGACUCUGUGUAAAAUAGAAUAACCCUGUGUGUGUGUGUGUGUGUUUCUGUGUAUUGUGUGUGUGUGUGUGUGUGUGUGUGUGUAUAGUGUGUAUAGUGUGUGUGUGUGUGAUGUCACCAUUGGUGUGGGUUAAAUUUUAAACGUCACUUUUUGUUUUUUUGUUUUUCUCUUUUGCUCUUCUUAAUUUUUUAACCGCUUUGUUUCAUCUAUUCUUUAUCUGUAUAUGAUAAACUGUAUUUUACAUUCUUUCAAUAAUAAAUAUAUAUAAUCACAAAAA